UAAUCCUCAGGUACCAUUCGGAUAUACUUCCUAGUUUCCUAGGCAUCGGUCUUAACCUCAAAUGAGAUAAGACUUAAUUAAAACCAAAUCUUAUUUUUCCCAAAACUAAUUACAAAAAUGUAAACUAAAUACAUAGAAAUCUACGAAUAUUCCACGAUAAAUCCUCCACAUAAACUCACUUUAUAUUUUGAUUUUCUCACCUUUACAUUUCUCACUAACAUUCUCACACAAAUCACCAAAAUAGUUCUCUAUUCACUCAAAUAUCAAUGGCUGUUUUCUCAAGAACCAAACGUGUCACUGAUCCACUCGACGACGAAGCUAAAGCUCGGAUCUUAAGUAGCCACGGUUGCAUCCUAGACCAAGAUUCUCCUCGACUCUGCGAGCUUGUACACGGGUUUUUCGACGAUGGUCACGAAGAGACACUCUACGACGACCCUGACUCCGACCUGUCUGAGAAUUCUGUAGUCGAACGUUCCCAAGCUAGUGAGGAGAUCUUGAAGAUGGCGGUGACCUUCUCUGAUUCUGAUCCUUAUCGGAAUCUAUUGCUAGCUCACGUUUUAAGAGCCGCGGAGGCAUAUUCCGGUUUUAGGUCAAGGAACAAAUCUGUUUUUCAGAACAAGGUAGCUUCGUUUCUGCGAGAGCUCGGCCACGACGCGGCGGUUUGUGUGUCCAAAUGGAGCUCAUCGGCCAAACUCAUCGCCGGGAGUUACGAUUUCAUUGAUGUCAUUUACAAGCCGACGGCCGUCCGUUACUUCGUUGAUCUAGACUUUGCUUCGGAGUUCGAGAUCGCAAGGCCGACGCAAGAAUACACGCGUGUGUUGCAGUUGCUUCCUAAUGUUUUUGUCGGGAAAGAAGAGAAUCUGAGGACGAUCGUGAGAGAGUCAUGUGAGGCUACGAAGCGGUCCAUGAAGAGCCGUGGCUUGUCUCUCCCACCGUGGCGGAGAAGCUCUUAUUUGCAACACAAGUGGUUUGGUCCGUACAAAAGAAAGGUUGGAUCUGGUUUGGGAGUGAAGCCGUUGAGUAGUGACGCUGUAAGCUGCCGAUCUUUAGGGUUUGAUCAUGAGGGUGCCGUCAAUGCUCGUUUGUUCAUCAGGACGUGAUCUAUAUAGUAUGGAGUAGGCCGGCUAGUAUAAAGUGUAGGCGAAUAGUUGGAGACAACUUCAAUUUAUUCAAUCUGAGUGAUGUGAUCUAAAUGAUAUUAUUUUUUUCUUUUGGAUUUGUAUUUUUUA